GUUACUGUUACAAUUUUGUUACGGUUUUGAUAUGAUCUUGACGAUUGUCAUUAGCAGCCGGGCUAGCACAUUGGCACGACAGUAUCGCGCGGCGGGAUAGGUUACCCGUCCUUCUUUAAUUAACGCAGUUAGAAAAAGACGGGUAGUCGAUCUCGCCGUCAGAUAUUGUCGCGCCAAUCAUGUGCUAGGCCAAGCAUUAUCCACAAGGAUAAAGAAGUACGCGGCUCGGUUCGCCUGGAAAGUAAUAAUAACAAUAACAAUUAAUGGAAAGUCCGCAUAAUAAACAACAAAGGCUUGUGUUUACUAGUUUUAAUUGCAAGUCAGUAAAGACUUCAAUUGAAAAUAUACGUUAUCUGUGUAAAAAGUCGGAUGUUAUUGCCCUCCAAGAACAUUGGUUACUUCCGUUUGAUAUUCCAUUUCUGGGAACCAUUGAUCAAGACUUUGAAUAUUUUGGAAAAUCAGCCGUUGACCUCUCAACAGGAAUACUGAGAGGCAGACCCUAUGGUGGAGUGGCAUUACUGUGGCGGAAGGGGCUUUUCGAAUCAGUCUCAGUUCUGGAAUGUAAUAGUUCUCGUAUAUCGGCCAUUAAAGCGACCUUAGGUGAACGUUCAAUCUUAGUUUUCAGCGUGUAUAUGCCGACCGCGUCGUUAGAUAACCUACCAAUUUUCACGGAGUGCCUAAGUGAAAUCAGUGCUAUAGUGGAAAGUAGUGACAUAGAGGCAGUGUACAUUUUGGGAGACCUCAACGCUCACCCAGGUGAACUUUUUUGUAAUGAGUUGCUUAACUUUUGUACGGACCAAUCUUGGUUAUGCGCAGACCUAGAAUUUUUAAAAUCAAACUCUGAUGUCCAUACCUUUGUAAGCGAUGCGCAUGGAAGCAAAAGGUGGCUGGACCAUUGUGUGGUUACACAGUGCGCCUGGAGUACUGUGACUCAUAUUUAUAUAGAUUAUAACGUUUAUUGUUCUGACCAUUUGCCUCUUAGUGUGGAGUGUAAUUUUAACGUAAUAAGAACUAAAACUAACCAUUUUUUGCAAGAAAGUAGUAAGGUUGUUUGGGGGGUCAGGAAUGAGGAGCAAAUAGAUAUGUAUCAUAAUAUAUGUAACAGUAAAUUGAAGAAUAUAGAUUUUCCUCGAGAACUUACUAACUGUUGUGGUGCUCUUUGCCAUUGUAAAGAACACAAGAUUAUAAUAAAUAAAAUGUAUAACAAUAUUGUGCAUAUUUUGUCUGAUGCUGCUAUUCAAACUCAUGUGGCGAAUGUGACCUGUUCCAGGAGAGAUAAACGUGUCUGUGGCUGGAAUAAACAUGUUCGUAGUGCGCACGGGGAGGCUCGACUUAAAUACAAAAUGUGGCUUAAUUGUAAUAAACCUAGUAAAGGAAAAAUAUAUGAUGAAAUGUGUGAAUCUCGUAAAGUAUUUAAAAGUAAACUGAAGUGGUGCUUAAAACACCAAGAACAAAUUAAGAUGGACAUCAUUGCGUCGCAUAGGGAAACUAAAAACUUCACUAAAUUCUGGAAAGCUACAAACAAGCUAAAUAUAAAGCCUAGCCUACCCGUGAGCGUUGCAGGCCUAAGUGAGCCUAAGGGAAUUGCGGAAGUAUUUAGGAAGCAUUUUACAGUGAAAUCACCUUUAGGUCCUUCACGACAGGUGAUCGAUGCUGAGACUAGUUAUGAUAGGACAAAAAUUCAUAUCACUGCUAAACAAGUAUCAAGCGUUAUUAGAGACAUGACUAGAGGCAAAUCCCCGGGUAAUGACUGCCUCAGUAUCGAGCACUUAAAAUAUGCAGGGAUUCAUUUGCCGAGAGUUUUGUCUAUGUUCUAUUCAUUUUGUCUGAGCCAUGCGUACUUACCAGAGGAGUUAAUGAAUACCAUUGUUGUACCCAUAGUGAAAAACAAGACAGGAGACAUCGCUGACAAAACCAACUAUAGACCAAUCUCUCUCGCAAAUGUACUCUCCAAAGUAUUGGAUAGCAUGCUUAACGCUCAACUUGACCACUACUUACAAUUUCAGGACGGACAAUUUGGAUUUAGACCUGGCCUCUCAACUGAAACUGCCAUUUUGAGUCUUAAGCAUGCUGUCCGGUAUUACACUGAACGUAGCACUACUGUCUACGCAUGUUUCCUAGACCUCUCUAAAGCCUUUGACUUAGUUUCAUACGACGUCUUAUGGCAGAAGAUGAGGGAUAGGAAUAUACCUACGGAAUUGACUAGCAUAUUUCAGUAUUGGUACGCUAAUCAGCGCAAUAGUGUACGAUGGGCUGGUGCUCGUUCAGACUCGUACGGUUUAGAGUGCGGCGUAAGACAGGGAGGGUUGUCUUCGCCAAAGCUCUUUAAUUUGUAUGUGGACGGGCUUAUAUCUGAGCUCAGCAACACGCAUGUGGGGUGUCACGUGGACGGUGUCUGUGUAAACAACAUCAGCUACGCAGACGACAUGGUGUUGUUGAGCCCAUCGGUGAAGGCACUGAGAAGGCUCCUGAGUAUUUGCGAAUCCUAUGCGAGCAGUCACGGAUUACGAUAUAAUGUAAAAAAAAGUGAAUACAUGAUCUUUAAGGCCGCCGGUAAGAGACCGGAAAUGCCGCCUCUUGAUGUGCCGGUCAUUUGUCUCAACGGUGCACCAUUACAGAGAGUUUUUAGUUUUAAAUAUCUUGGGCAUUAUCUAACCGACGACCUUAAAGAUCAUUUAGAUAUUGAAAGAGAACGCAGGGCGCUGGCGGUGAGGAGUAAUAUGUUGGCCCGCAGGUUUGCUCGUUGCUCGAAUCAAGUCAAAAUCACGCUAUUCAAAGCGUUCUGUCAGAGCUUCUAUACGAGCAGCCUGUGGUUCAACUGCACUCAGAAGUCGCUCAGUGCCCUGAGAGUUCAAUAUAAUAACGGCUUUCGGGCGUUGUUGAAGCUGCCCCGCUUCUGUAGUGCUUCAAAAAUGUUUGCGGAGGCGCGCACAGACGGUUUUCACGCCAUCAUACGCAAAAGAACUGCCUCGCUAGUGAAUAGGAUGCGGAGCAGCUCUAACGGCAUCCUGAAAAUGUUUGUAGGAAAGCCUGAUUCUCCCAUGCACAAACAUAUUAAUAAAUUAAUGAUCAUGGGUAGUUUAAUUGCGUGAAUUUUAAUUUUGAAUUUUAAUUUAAUGUAGUUAUUUUAUUGUGAAUUUUAAGUUAAUUUAUUUAUAAUAUUUGAAUUUCAAUUUAAUUAAUUUAUUUAUUUUUAA